GCGAUUUAGAGAAACUUCAGUCCAGCCUUAUGUAGCAGGAACUGCAUCUGCUCGACAUUCAGGGAAGAUGGCGACGAGAAUCCUUCAGAGUCUGGGAAACGGCCUGAACCAGGCGAAAAAUGGGGUUCGGUCCAAACAGCAGGUGGCAUUAACUCUCAGGAGUCUAUCAGCAUCCUCAAACAGAAACCGUGAAGACAGCUGGUUCAAAUCUCUCUUUGUCCGAAAGGUCGACCCCAGAAAAGAUGCACACUCUCACCUCCUGGCCAAGAAAGAAGACAACAAUCUCUACAAAAUCCAGUUUCACAAUGUCAAGCCAGAGUGCCUUGAUGAUUAUAACAAACUUUGUGAAGCUGUCUUACCAAAUAUCCACUCGGACCCUCAGUACCCAUGUGAGCUGGUGGGCACCUGGAACACGUGGUAUGGAGAGCAGGACCAAGCAGUACACCUGUGGCGGUACAGAGGAGGUUACCCUGCAUUGACUGAAGUCAUGAACAAACUCAGAAAGAACAAGGAGUUUAUGGAGUACCGAGAAGAGCGUGGGAAGAUGCUGCUGUCCCGCAGGAACCAGCUGCUUCUGGAGUUCAGCUUCUGGAAUGAACCUGUGCCCAGAUCCGGACCUAACAUUUAUGAACUCAGAUCCUACCAGCUGAGGCCUGGAACUAUGAUUGAAUGGGGAAAUUACUGGGCUCGGGCCAUUGAGUUGCGGCAGCAGAACAACGAGGCUGUAGGAGGCUUCUUCUCUCAGAUCGGAAGCUUGUACAUGGUACAUCACCUCUGGGCUUACAAAGACUUGCAGUCAAGAGAGGAAACUAGAAACGCAGCCUGGCAGCAUGAGGGCUGGGAUGAAGCUGUCUACUACACAGUUCCCUUGAUUCAGCACAUGGAGUCAAGAAUAAUGAUUCCAAUGAAGACUUCACCCCUGAAGUAGUUUUUAGCAGCGGUCCUCACAGAAACCCACAAAUCAAAAGGAUUUUAUAAGAUUCCCAUUAUUAGUCAGAAUUUGCACUGCCAUGGAUUUCUGCUCAGUUUUUGAUCAUUUCUGGGGUUCUGGUCCUUCAUCAAUUUGUCAUUUUUAGGACGUGUCCUUUUCUCCCCAUUCCAUCAUGUUCAGUGGUCUUAUCUGUUCCUGAUUGAUCAGAACCCACUUGUCAAACACAAGACAGCUAAAUACAUACUGACCACUAAACACUAACUCUGCAUCAGCAGGGCUCCUGAAAUUUGACUUUUAAAGUAUGGAGGACAGCUUUAGAGCAAGAAAUAUUUUCACCGUUGUCAGUGCAGCAUGAGAAUUAAUGAAAUGGCAGUGGUGGUGUUUUAUUCAAAACCUCAAUAAGUCUCAGUUCAUUUUUGGGCUGUUAAUUUUGCCAUAGGCAUGACUCAUAUUUUUCGCAUUUUUUUAAAAAGUGCUUUGGUAGCAAGAACAUUUGUUUGAGUGUGCCAGACAUGGUCCAGCAUGGUAAUCAUAUAUUCAGGAGAUUUUUUUUGUUUGUUUGUAGGUUAAACAGGUUGACAUGCACGCAGUCUCGCUUUGAAAAGAAUAUUAAUUUGGGGUUUCACUCAUUUCAAACGUUUUUGGACUUCUGAACAUUUACUGUGGGUGGUUUCAUUGCAGUAAAUAUACCUAAAACCCCAUGGGUAAGUGAAAUUAACCCAUCUAGUGUAAAGCUUUCAUGUAUAAAUCAUGCCAAGUCAUGCCACUAGCCUUGCACUCUCACUUGCAGUAUGGUUCUUAAAAAAAAGCGGUUUAUGUACAAGCGUAUGGACUUUUCAGUUUUGUAUCAUUCAGUCACAGAUGCUGAAUAACUAAGACUAAGAAAAUGUUACCGAAUGGUUAUAAUGUGUGUGGUGAAUGGAUGAAAACAUUCAAGUUUCUUUUGUAUUUGCACUCCCUUCUUAAAUGAAGAACAAAAACGGUUGAAAUGCCUCUUUACUAAAUCAAACUUUUGAUUUGCAGAACAUUCUUGUAUUGAUUACCUAUCACUGACUAGAUUACAGCCAUGGCUUGUGUAACAAACUGUAGUACAUGUUCUAUAUUAAUGAAAUUAUAGAUGAAACUCUCAAUACUGAUCAUCGGAUGAUGUUGGCUUUGAUCAAACCCUGGCCAUGUAUCACAAAAGCUAGAAACUCCAUCUUAACACUCUGAAGUGCAGGCCUACCUGCCAUUUUUAGGUCUGCUCAGCCAUACUGUGAGACUUGGUUGGAAACUGAAUUAUGAACACUUUCUUAAUGUGUAAUGUGGUUUUAUUUAACAUCCAGUGCUUUGAAAAGUUUAGCUGUACAUACUGAAUUAAAUUUGAUUGAACUACAGACAA